AUGGCCUGGCUGAAGAGAUUGGCUGCGCUAUGCGGCUUGGCAUCGACCUUCACUGCCGUUUUGGGACAAGGGAACUCAACCGAUUGGCCGUUACACGAAAAUGGUCUUACAGAUCUCGUACAGUGGGACCAUUACAGCUUCCACGUCAACGGGCAGAGGUUAUUUGUCUUUUCCGGAGAGUUCCAUUACUGGCGUUACCCCGUCCCAGAACUAUGGAGAGACUUACUUGAAAAAGUCAAGGCAGCUGGCUUCAAUGCCUUCUCCAUCUAUAAUCACUGGGGGUACCACAACCCCACCCCUGGCGUCUUGGAUUUUGAGUCCGGUGCUCACGACUUUACUUCUAUCAUGACACUCGCGAAGGAUCUCGGCCUCUAUAUGAUCAUCAGACCUGGUCCUUACGUGAACGCCGAGGCUAACGCUGGUGGCUUUCCGCUGUGGGUGACAACUGGGGCAUAUGGCGCUCUGCGAGACAACGAUACGAGAUACACCGAUGCCUGGACACCAUACUUCUCUGAGAUUUCACAAAUCAUUGCCCCUCAUUUGAUCACCAACGGCGGCAAUGUCAUCCUGUUUCAGAUUGAGAACGAGCUGGGCAACCAAUGGACCAACAUCAAGAACAAGACCGACAAUCCUUCAGCCCAGCAGUACAUGCAGCUGCUAUCGGACGUAGCUCGGGAUAACGGCAUCGACGUUCCACUUACGCACAACUUACCCAAUAUGAACGGCUACUCCUGGUCCAAGGAUUUCUCAAAUGCAACUGGAAAUGUGGAUGUCGUGGGUCUAGACAGCUAUCCUUCUUGCUGGAGUUGCAACUUGAGCGAAUGUACCGGAACCAAUGGGAAAUAUGUUGCUUAUCAAACUAUCAACUACUAUGACUACUUCACAGUGCAGUCACCGACGCAGCCAAACUUCAUGCCAGAAUUUCAGGGGGGGUCAUAUAACCCAUGGGGCGGUCCGCAAGGCGGAUGCCCUGCGGACAUUGGUGUUGACUUCGCCAAUCUCUUCUACCGCAAUCUGAUAUUUCAGCGCGUCAGUGCUAUCUCACUAUACAUGCUCUUCGGCGGUACUUCUUGGGGUUGGCACGGUGCACCGGUAGUUGCAACGAGCUACGACUAUUCGUCGCCGAUAUCUGAGAACCGCAUUAUUGGUAGCAAGUACUACGAAACGAAACUACUGACCCAAUUCACUCGAGUUGCAAAGGACCUUGCCAUCACGGAUCGUCUCGGAAAUAACACGGAUUACUCGAGCAAUUCAGCGAUCAGCACGUCAGAACUCCGCAAUCCUGAAACAGGCGCUGCAUUCUAUGUAACUCAGCACGCUGACUCUACAUCAUCCACUGUUGAGACGUUCACCCUUAAGGUGAACACCUCUGCUGGCUCUCUUACCAUCCCUCAAUACGGGAGUGAAAUAACCAUAAAUGGACACCAGUCGAAGAUACUGGUCACGGAUUUUGCCUUUGGGGCAAAGUCUCUCCUCUACUCGACUGCCGAAGUGCUCACAUUUGCCAUUAUUGACGGCAAGGAGACAUUGGCUCUGUGGGUCCCAACUGGGGAAUCUGGAGAAUUCACUGUCCAAGGCGUCAAUGCUGCGAACCUGGCAGCGUGCAACGGCUGUGCGAACGUGAAUAUCUAUCCCGGAGAAACCAAUGUGACAAUUUCCUUCCUCCAGAACGCAGGUAUGAGUACUGUCGAGUUGGGCGAUGGGUCUCGCAUUGUCCUCCUCGACAGAUCGGCAGCGUAUCUAUUCUGGUCUCCAAGCCUCGACAACAACCCUCUUGAGGCUGGAAACAACACUAUUCUUGUACACGGGCCUUAUCUUCUACGAUCUGCACGACUAGAGGACCGCAUCUUGAAAUUGACCGGCGACGUGGCUAACGCAACCGCUGUCACGAUCUUUGCCCCGAAGUCGAUAUGCUCAGUAACAUGGAAUGGCAAGCCAGUCGAACUCACAUCAGCCAGAUCAGGAGUUUUGACAACUACUGUUGGUGGUGAGGCGCACUUCUCUCUUCCCGCCCUUAGUGGCUGGAAAUACAUGGACAGCCUACCCGAGAUCCAAAGCAACUACUCAGCUACCAGCAAAGCCUGGGUUGCUGCGGAAAAUACUAACACCUCGAAUCCGACGCCUCCGGCACCGAAUAAUCCUGUCCUUUACGUUGAUGACUACGGUAUCCACGCCGGCAACCACAUCUACCGCGCAACCUUCUCCACAACCUCAGAUCCUCCCACCGGCGUCUUUCUGAAUAUAACUGGUGGUACUGCCUUUGGCUAUUCAGCGUGGCUCAAUGGGAACUUCAUUGGUUCGUGGCUCGGGUUGUCCUGGAUCGACUUGCAAGGAACCACAUUCUCAUUCUCAAAUGCCACACUCAAUACCGAUGGAGACAACACUCUGGUCGUCGUUAUGGACAACUCAGGCCAUGACCAGCGAAGCGCUGCUUUGAAUCCUCGUGGCAUCACCAAUGCCACGCUGGUUGGCCCCGGCACCUACUCCUUCAGUGAGUGGAAGAUCGCGGGUACGGCCGGUCGCCAAGACCUGCUCGACCCGGUACGUGGGUCGCUGAAUGAAGGCGGGCUCUAUGCUGAAAGAGUUGGACUUCACCUUCCCGAGUACCCUGGCGAGGAGUUGGUAAACUUGGAUGCAGAAGGCUCCAGUCUGUUUGUCCCCGGCGCUGGCAUUCGGGUCUUCCGCGUUGUUCUCCCAUUGGCCGUUCCUGCCGGGCUUGACGUAUCCAUCUCCUUUAGGCUCACUGCGCCCUCAAACGAGACGUUCACUUCAGAGCUCGGCUACACAAACCAGCUGCGCGCUCUCCUCUUCGUCAAUGGGUACCAAUACGGACGCUUCAAUCCGUAUAUCGGGAACCAGAUCGACUUCCCAGUUCCACCAGGCGUACUGAACUACAAUGGCGACAAUACGAUCGCUGUGACUGUUUGGAGUCAGAGUGCAGAGGGUGCGGAGAUGAAGAUCGAUUGGAACAUUGAGUACGCCCAUGAGAGCAGCUACGACAUGCUCUUUGACGGUGCAUAUUUGAGACCAGGAUGGAGCGAGGAUAGGUUAGAGUGGGCUUGA